CGCUGGAGCUGCUGGCUGGCUCUGCACAUCCCCCUCUGUAUGUAAAUGGUUCAUCCCCCUCCUCAGGAGGACUUUGGAUGGGAGAAGAUUGUGAAUGAGAAGUGGUAGAGAUCUGCUGGGGAGUGCACCAGGAUCCUGACCACACAUGACCGACUCCUAGGUGGGCACCCUUCCCUGUCCUUCGUCCAGCACCUUGAGGGGCAGACAUGGCGUGCCAGCUGCUGCUGCUUUUACUGCUGUGUGCAGGGGUCCAGUGCCAGCUCCGAGGCUUGUUCCCUGCUAUUUUGAACCUUGCCAGUAAUUCAGACAUCACCGCCAAUGCCACCUGUGGUGAAAACGGACCAGAGAUGUUUUGCAAAUUGGUCGAACAUGUUCCAGGAAGAAUAGUACGGAAUGCACAAUGUCGUAUCUGUGACCAGAACAGCGUGAAUCCCAAAGAACGGCACCCAAUCACCAAUGCAAUUGAUGGCACAAAUGACUGGUGGCAGAGUCCUAGUAUUCAGAAUGGGAUAGAAUACCACUGGGUCACCAUAACUCUGGAUUUAAAACAAGUCUUUCAAGUUGCAUAUGUAAUCAUCAAAGCUGCAAAUUCUCCAAGACCUGGGAACUGGAUUUUAGAGCGCUCCGUAGACGGUGUUGAAUUUACACCCUGGCAAUAUUAUGCAAUUAGUGAUACAGAGUGUCUGACCCGUUACAAUGUGACGCCAAGACUUGGGCCACCAACAUACAAGAGAGAUGAUGAAGUGAUCUGUACAUCAUAUUAUUCUAGGCUUGUGCCUCUGGAGCAUGGAGAGAUCCACACUUCAUUAAUUAAUGGAAGACCAAGUUCUGAUGAUCCUUCUCCGACUUUAUUGGAUUUCACUUCUGCAAGAUAUAUUCGUCUUCGUCUGCAACGUAUUAGAACCCUAAAUGCAGAUCUUAUGACCCUCAGCCAUGGAAACUUGAAAGAUGUGGAUCUUAUAGUAACCCGAAGAUACUACUACAGUGUCAAAGAUAUUUCAGUUGGAGGAAUGUGCAUUUGUUAUGGACAUGCCCGUAGCUGUCCUUGGGAUGAAGUUACCAAGAAACUCCAGUGUCAAUGUGAGCGUAACACUUGUGGAGAGAGUUGUAAUGAGUGCUGCCCUGGUUACCACCAGAAUCCAUGGCGACCUGGCACCAUUUCCAUUGGCAAUAAAUGUGAAAAGUGCAACUGCCAUCAUAAAGCAGAAGACUGUUACUAUGACCAGACCGUGGCUGAUCGGAAUAUGAGCUUGAACAUUCAUGACCAAUAUAGCGGAGGAGGAGUUUGUAUGAACUGUACUCAGUUUACAGCGGGAAUUAAUUGUGAAACAUGUAUUGAAGGCUACUUCAGACCACACAAGGUCUCCCCUUACACAGAUGAUCCGUGCCGUCCUUGUGAAUGCGAUCCCUUUGGGUCUGUUAGUCCUGUUUGUGUGGUUGAUGAUAAGCAUGCCCAGCCAGGUGUUCUUCCAGGACAGUGUCAGUGCAAACAGGGUUACACCGGCCCAAAAUGUGAUCAGUGCGACUAUGGGUACAAGGGAUACCCAAACUGUGUGCGUUGUAAUUGCAGUCUAGUAGGAAGCGUGAAUGAUGACCCUUGUGCAGAACAGUGCAUAUGUAAGGAACACGUGGAAGGGGAAAACUGUGACCGGUGUAAGGCAGGCUACUACAACUUACAGGAACAGGACCCAGAGGGGUGUACAGAAUGCUUCUGUUUCGGUGUCUCUGGUGUCUGUGAUGAAUUAUUUUGGCAUACUACUCAGAUGACUGAUACAAGGGGCUGGCAUGUUAGUGACCUACAUGGAUCAGAAAGGAUUUUGCCUCAGCAAGACCAGUUUGAUGGUCCUCAUCAAAUAAGCAUCAACCAUACAGAAGCCCAGAGGACUUUACAAUCCAUAUAUUACUGGGAAGCGCCACCUUCUUACCUUGGAAAUAAACUGACAUCUUACGGCGGAUUCCUGAGGUACGCGGUAUCUUAUGAUGUUCCUCUUGAGAGCUCAGAUGGCGAGAUGAUUUCUAAUGUGGAUGCUGUCAUUCAGGGAAGUGGAUUUACCAUAGGUACAAAGUCUGAUGGCUUACUGCUGCAGCCGUAUGAGGAGUACACAACCGAGCUCAAACUGGUUCCAGAGAAUUUUGUCGAUUUCUAUACAAAGAGGCCCGUGGACAGGGACAGACUUAUGACUGUCCUUGCUAAUGUAAAUAAGCUGUGGAUAAGGGCUAGCUACAACACUGCGAAGAACGCGGUCAGCAGAAUCAGCUCAGUAACAUUGGACACAGCUACUCCAAAUGUAAUAGACCUCUUGCCAGCUGUACAAGUGGAAAAUUGUGAAUGCCCGCCUGGUUAUGCUGGCACAUCAUGUGAGUCUUGUAUUCCCGGAUACUACAGAGUUCGUGGAACCCUUUUCGGUGGCAUCUGUCAGCCUUGUGAGUGCAAUGGCCAUGCAACUGAAUGUGACAUCAACGGCGCAUGUUAUGGUUGUCAACACAACACUACAGGUCCUCACUGUGACCAGUGUCUGCCAGGCUUCUACGGGGACCCUACUGACGGAACACCACAGGACUGCCAGCUAUGUGCCUGUCCUUUGACCAUCUCUUCCAAUAAUUUCAGCCCAACUUGUUACGUGUCCAGUGAUGAAGAUGUUAUUUGUGACCAGUGUGCUCCCGGCUAUACAGGGGCACAAUGUGAGAAGUGUGCAAAUGGCUACUUUGGAAAUCCAUUGGUGCUUGGAGGAUCUUGUGUCCCUUGUGACUGCAAUGGCAACAUUGAUCCAUUUGAAGAUGGUCAUUGUGAUUCAUUGACAGGAGAAUGUCUCAGAUGCAUUGGUAACACCGCUGGGCGCCAGUGUGAAAGAUGUGCAGAAGGGUUCUAUGGUGAUGCCAUCUUGACAAAGAACUGUACUGCAUGUGAAUGCCACCCAAAUAGUUCAGUGUCUGCAGUUUGCCACCAUGAAACUGGCUUGUGUGAUUGUAAACCUAAUGUAUUCGGGAAGCAAUGUGACCAGUGUGAGCCUGGAUUCUAUGGCUUGACAUCUGGUCUUGGCUGUCUUCCAUGUAACUGUAGUCAGUCAGGUUCAACCUCUGAAGAGUGCAAUGAUGCUGGGCAGUGCCCAUGUGUUGCUGGCGUGGCAGGUGACAAAUGUGACAUCUGUGCUCAUGGGUUUUACGGAUAUAAUGAGGGUGGCUGCACACCUUGUGACUGCGCUCACACACAGAACAACUGCAACCCAAGAACUGGUGAAUGUGUUUGCCCUCCAAACACCCAUGGGCCAAAGUGUGAAUACUGUGAUGUCAACUACUGGGGUCAUGAUCCUGAGCUUGGAUGUUUGGAAUGCAACUGCAGCCGGCAGGGCUCCAGCAGGGUCCAGUGUGACCUUACAACUGGCCAGUGCCCAUGCAGAGAGGAGUUUGGUGGGCAGAAAUGCAAUGCUUGUCUAUUUGGAUACAGACAAUACCCCAACUGUAUUUCUUGUGACUGCGAUGCCAAGGGAACCCAGUCUGCAUGGUGCGAUGAUGAACAGAAAGUGUGCAGCUGUGAAGAAGAAACUGGUACCUGUGCUUGCAAGGAAAACGUCGUUGGAAGCUAUUGUAACGAAUGUAAAAGUGGGACUUUUGCGCUUCGUACUGAUAACCCUCUUGGUUGCUCACCAUGCUUCUGUUCUGGGGUUUCCCAGUUGUGUGCUGAGAUUGAAGACCAUGUGCACAUCCCGAUUUCCCUGGUCCCGGGCCAGUCCCUUCUCCGUGUGGUAUCUCUGGGUAAUAUGGAUGGGACAACAGAUGGAGUGUUUUCCGAGGAGGUUGAUAUGCUGCUAGAUGCAUCGAUCAUAAGGCAGACCCUCUUCUCAGAUACGUUCUACUGGCGGUUGCCAGAGCAGUUCCUGGGUGAUAAGCUAAUGUCCUAUGGAGGGGUAAUGACAUAUGUUGUGGCAUAUUAUGGCCUUGCUGAUUCUGGUCCUUCGGAUUUGGAGCCACUCAUUAUAAUGAGCGGUGGACAUCUCAGAAAGCUGACAAUUUAUAUGGAUAAACCAAGUCCUGCUAUUGGUAUUAAGAGUCAGAUAAAAAUUCACAUGAAGGAGGAUAAUUGGAAAUAUCAUAACUCUGUGUCUGAAAAGUCAGUUACAAGGAAGGAUUUCAUGUCAGUUCUAAGCAACAUUGAUUACAUUCUUAUAAAGGCGUCAUAUGGCUAUGGAGUACAACAGAGCAGGAUAUCAAAUAUUUCAAUGGACAUUGCGGUGGAAGCAGCUGAGAUGCAUUCUGUUCGAGAGGCAGCUCCUCUUAUUGAGAUCUGUGAAUGUCCCCGUGGAUAUACAGGACUCUCAUGUCAGGAGUGUGCACCUGGCUAUUACAGAGAGAGAGUGAUGGAAGUGAAUUUGCUUGAGUCGCAGCCAUUUAUUGCCCCCUGUGUGCCUUGUCAGUGCAAUAACCACAGUGAGGUUUGUGAUCCACAUACUGGAGAAUGCAUGGGCUGCAGAGACCAUACAGCUGGUCAUAAUUGCCAUAUAUGUGCCUCUGGUUACUAUGGCAUAGUGACUGGGUCGAUCUCAGAUUGCUCACUGUGUGGAUGCCCUAAAGGAAACUCAAAGAGUUUUAGUCCAACGUGUGUCCUUGAAGGAAUUAAUGAUUUCCGUUGUGAUGCCUGCCUACCUGGAUAUGAGGGAAGACACUGUGAACAGUGCUCUCUUGGCUACUUUGGCAAUCCACUGGAGCCUGAUGGUAGCUGCCAGUUAUGUGACUGCAAUCCAGCUGGUUCAUUGAAUAAUGAUUGUGAUAGACUAAGUGGCCAAUGCUCUUGUAAGCCGGGGGUCACUGGACGGCUUUGUGAUACAUGUGAAGUGAGACACAUUCUUCUGGACCAGCAAUGCAUUUCAUGUGAUGAUGACUGCACAGGACCACUACUAGAUGAUCUGGAUGAUUUACAUCAGGUUAUUUUUUCUAUAAACUUCACUGGAAUCAUUGCGGUGCCUCACGGAUUCAUGUCACACCUCGAAAACAUGACAACACAUAUUAAGGAAUCAGUCAACACAAACUCAGUGACUGCCCGUGCCUUGGACAAAACUUCAGAACAACUCGCUACUGUAUCUAAAGAAACAGACAGACUGUAUAUGAGAAUGUCACAGGCAGUAGAACAUGGAUACAAUGUGCAAAAUACCACACUCAGCACUCUGAACAAGAGCCAACAACUGAUGGGAUUUAUUGACAAAAUGCAAACAACUGUUAAAGCUCUUAUCGAAGUAGUGGAAAAUUUGAAUGAGACAAUAGACAUCGAUAUCCAGCUAUCUGAUGGUGCACUGCUUGAUUAUCAGGAAGAAGUUUCUUCUAAGCUUGAAUCAAUGAGCACAGAGAGUUUCAAUGACCAUUACCAAAACGUUAGCACAUCCCUUAAAGACUGCGAAGAUUUAUUGUCCAGAGUUCAGAGUGAGUAUGAGAAGCCACAUAAAGCCUUGCUGAAGAUGAAGAACAGUCUAGAAAAAACAUUAGAACAAUACAGCAAUAGAUUACUUACUGCUAAAGACUUGAUCCAAGAAUCGGCUUCAAACACUAAUCAUGCCAAGGAUCUGCUGAUUCCCAUCCAAAACAAUCUUGAUAAUUUUAAUGUAAAAAAGCUUGCUCUCCAGGAAAAUAAGAAUCGUUCUGUAAUGUUGAUUGAAGAAGGACUUGGGCUGGUUGAUGAGGCAGUUCUUCUUGCAGAAGACACCAUAAAUGCAACAUCAGUUUUGGAGAUGCAUCGGGAAGAGUUGAUCAUGUGGAAUGCCAAGCUGAGACACCAUGUGGAUGAACUUGUGAUGCAAAUGUCCAAGAGGGAUGCCCUUGACUUAGUCUAUCAAGCUGAAGACCAUGCAGCUGGUUUACAGAGCCUUGCUGAUUCUCUAAACAGUUCUCUUUCAGAUGUGAGAAAUAUUUCAUUGAAUGCCACAAAUGCUGUACAAGCUCAUUCUGGUAUGAAAAGUAUGAUAGAACAGGCUGAGGCGGUGGUGGAACAGGCCAACUCCACGGUCACUGAGGCUUUGUCCAUAGUAUCUGGAUCAGAGGGAUCUUUAGGUUCUGCAUCUGAGAACUCCAUAAAUUUCAGCUCCAAACUUCUAGAUGAAUCAAAAAAUUUAAGUCGAAACACAGAAGGCCUUGUGUCUCGCUUGAAAGGAUUGAAGACAAAAGUGGAUAAUAUACAAAAGCGUACGCAUGCAUUUACCGAACAGAUAAACGAGCAGCUGCAAGCUCUGAGAACCCUACCAAAUGAUACAAGUGCUAUACUCCAGGAUGCUAAGGACCUGGCUCUUUCUGCCAACGCGUCUGCAGCUGGCACCUUGAGCCAUAUCAUGAACUUCAGCCAGAAGCUGACGAAUGCCACAUCGACAUUGUCAAGGGUUAAUGACACAUUGCAGAAAACAAAUGAACUUCUUAUCCACUCUUCAAAAACUGCUGUAACUGCAGAGAGCAGGAUAAAGGAAGUGGAGACACAAGCUAAUAUUUUAUUGGAAAGACUAAAACCGUUGAAAUUGCUUGAAGAAAAUCUGAGCCGGAAUCUAUCUGAAAUAAAAGAGUUAAUCAAUCAGGCAAGGAAACAAGCUGCAUCGAUUAAAGUAGCAGUUUCCGCUGACAGAGAUUGUGUCCGCUCUUACCGCCCCACAAUCCGUUCUACAAACUUCAAUACUCUUACACUGAAUGUCAAAACCAUUCAGCCAGAUAAUCUGCUCUUUUACUUGGGCAGUAACUCCAAGGCCGAUUUCAUGGCAGUUGAAAUGCGAAAAGGUAAAGUUUCUUUCCUGUGGGACUUGGGCACUGGAGCUACAAGAAUUGAAGAACCUGAUAUCCAAUUAGAUAAUAACAAAUGGCAUAAAAUUCAUGCAACAAGGUUUGGUAGAUCAGGAACACUGAGUGUAGAAGAAGUCACCUCAUCUCAGAAAACAUCACCCAAAACGUUGUCUUCUCCGGGAACAUCUUCCAUUCUUGAUGUGGAUAAUUCCACUCUAAUGUUUGUUGGAGGCAUUGAAAGUGGGAUACAGAAGUCACCAUCUGUCCAGACUUCAGACUUUAAGGGUUGCAUGGGUGAAGCAUUUCUGAAUGGAAAAUCUAUUGGCUUAUGGAACUAUGUGCAGAGACAGGGCAAGUGUGCCGGAUGCUAUGGAAGCUCCCAGGAUGAAGACACUUCAUUCUAUUUUGAUGGCAGUGGGUAUUCUAUUGUGGAAAAGACCAUACGGCCUACCACAACUCAGAUAUUUAUCCACUUCCGCACAUUUUCACCGAAUGGACUCCUGCUUUACUUUGCCUCCAAUGGAACAAGAGAUUUCCUGUCUCUGGAAAUAGUGGAUGGAAAGCUACGACUUUCAGUGGAAUUGGGUUCAGGUCCUCUGAUACUGACAACUGAUGGACGUUACAAUGAUGGAACUUGGUAUAAGGUUGCUUUCCAACGGAAUAAAAAGCAAGGUAUAUUGGCUGUUAUGGAUUCCUACAAUUCCAGCCAAAAGGAGACAAAACAAGGAGAGGCCCCUGGUACCGCUUCAGACCUUAACAGAUCAGAUAAAGAUCCAAUAUAUAUUGGUGGCCUUCCUAGGUCCAGAGUUAUCAGGCGUCAGCUGAGCAGUAGAUCCUAUGUUGGUUGCGUAAGGAAUUUGGAGAUUUCACGCUCAAACUUUGACUUGCUGAGAAAUGCGUAUGGUGUGAGAAAAGGCUGCAAAUUAGAGCCUACUCGUAGCAUAACAGUCCUUAAUGAUGGCUACGUAGAGAUGUUGCCUGUGUCCCUGCCACCAGAAUCUGAGGUCAUGGUGUCAUUUUCCACACUCAAUGAGACAGGAAUUAUCUUAGCUGGUUUUGGCAAGCCAGUUGAGAAACGAAGUCGCAGACAAGCACAAAUGCCAUUCUUUGCCAUUAUGCUGGUAAAUGGGCACAUUGAAAUGCAUAUCAAUCCUAUGGACGGAGCUAGCACAAGGAAAGUGGUGGUCAGAUCACCAACCGGAACAUAUAGUGACGGUCAAGAACAUUCUCUUAUUCUUCUUCGUAACAAGAGGAUGGUGAGUGUUCAGGUUGAUGAAGGAAAACCAGCCGAAGUCAGACUAAAUGGUCCAUCUGUUGAAUCAGUUCACAUAAACUUAUCCAGUUUCUUCAUUGGUGGAGUUCCUGCAAAAAUGGCCACUGCAAUGCUCAAAACAAGCCAGUCUUUCUAUGGAUGUAUCCAGAAUUUAAUUUUAAACAUGGAGCAAAUGGAUUACACCACUGUUGUAAAGUAUGAGAAUGUUCAGAUGGACAGCUGCAUGUUGACUGAAAAGCCUAAGCCAACUGUCAACGAUGAGGAGCAAGAUCUGCUGCCAACUCCAGUACCAGAUGGACAUGUAACAGCAAUAAAACCACAUAUAACUACAUCGGUACUGAGGUCACACGUCACAAAACCAUUACAAUGUGCACAGGAUAUAUUGCCGGCUUACGUUCCAGACGCCCACCAGUUUGGUCUUACGAGAGGAAGCCAUAUUAUUUUGCCAUUUGACCAAGCCACCAUCAGAAGAAGAAUGUCUGUUCAGUUAUCAUUGAGGACAUUUGCCACCAGUGGCCUCAUCUACUACAUGGCUCACCAAAAUCAGGUUGACUACGCUGCACUUCAGCUUCAUGAAGGAAGACUGCAUUUCCUAUUUGACAUGGGCAAAGGACGGACCGAGACCAUCCAUUCUGCUGUUAUCAAUGAUGGGAAAUGGCACACAAUAUCAACUGAAUACAUUAAAAGAAGAAGUACCAUUACUGUUGAUGGCCAGGAAUCUGCUUCCGUCAGCACUCCUGGGGAGAGCAACACUAUGGACGUGGAAGGGAAACUGUACCUGGGUGGACUGCCUCCAAGCUACACAGCUAAGAACAUAGGAAAUGUGACACAAAGUAUCCCAGCAUGCAUCAGCAAUGUCACCAUUAAUAGCAAACAACUGGAUAAGGAUGGAGCUCUUUCCAUACAUGCAAUCAACAAAUGUUAUGCCUCUGCGCAACAGGGAACUUAUUUUGAUGGAUCUGGGUUUGCAGCUUUAGUGAAAGAAGGUUACAAAGUGCGAUCAGAUGUGAACAUAUCACUGGAAGUCCGUACUACUUCACAUAAUGGAGUUCUUCUGGGAAUCAGUAGUGCAAAGGUUGAUGCCAUUGGACUGGAAAUUGUAAAUGGCAGGGUUUUAUUCCAUGUAAACAAUGGUGCUGGCCGAAUAACCGCCAUUUACAAGCCAGAAGACACCAGCUCAUUAUGUGAUGGGAAAUGGCACCAGAUUCAGGCCAAUAAGGUUAAGCACAAAAUCAUCCUCAUUGUUGACGGGAACACAGUGCAGGUGGAGAGUCCUCAUGUGCAGUCAACCUCUGCAGACACAAACAAUCCUGUAUAUGUUGGUGGUUACCCAGUUGAUGUGAAGCAGAACUGUCUAACCAGCCAGACUUCAUUCCGUGGUUGCAUAAAGAACUUUAAACUGGUGAAGGGCACACAAACGGAGGCCAAUGACUUCAGCCAAUCAUUCGAGAUGCGAGGAGUCUUCCCUCAUUCUUGCCCAGGAACAGAACUGUAAACAAAAGACAUAUUGUUGGCUCUCGUCCACCCCUUUACACAAAGGGUAUAUUAAUCAAGCAAGCAAUGUUAUCUUACAUGAAAUCAUAUGAGAGUCUGAUAUAUCAGGCAACGAGAUUGGUUACUGAGACAGAGGGUUGUGCUGGACUCUGAGAUGCUGCAGCCACAUUGAAUACUAGCAGGUGAUCUUAUCUCACAAUCAGAUACCGAAAUUGGUGCUAUGAAGACAUUCCACAACCUCAAUUCUUCCAGCUCAGGAACAAUGUUUUAGACAAAUAUCGAAUUCUUGUGUAACAACAAUGUGUGUGCAACACAAAUACCUCCAGUAACAUAUUAAUAGAAUUAAUGAGUAUUUUACUACGGUAUCUGUUUCUUUUGUUUACUGCUGGGUGAUGCUGAAUUGUGAUUUUUAUUUCAGUAUUAAUCAUUUUACAAAAUUUCAAGUCUGUAUUUUAUAUUUCAAUAAAAUGUGGCCAAUUUGUUUU